ACUACCGCUGAUGACUUGCCAAGUUGGCACCUGAAAAAUUGACUUGGUUCACUGGUUAGAAGAACUUUGAAACUUUUUAUACCGAUUGCAAUAAUAAUCAGUGGUUGUGACUUUUUUUAUUUGCUUGUUAAUCUAAACAAAGCGUUUAACCAUUUCCAAGGUGUAUAGAACUCUGUGGAAGGCUGUCAUGUCGUCACAAAUGCCGGUAGUAGCGUUCGUUCUAGGAGGACCUGGCGCUGGGAAAGGAACGCAAUGUGAGAAAAUUGUCGAGACCUUUGGUUUUGUUCAUUUGUCAGCCGGCGAACUGCUAAGACAAGAACGAGACAGUGGUUCAAAAGAUGGGAAUCUAAUUCAAGAUUACAUUAAGGAGGGAAAAAUUGUUCCAGUGGCAAUUACAAUUUCACUACUACAAAAGGCAAUGAAGAAUAGUCCUGUGAAAAGGUUUCUUGUUGAUGGUUUCCCAAGAAAUGAAGAUAAUCUUCAAGGCUGGAGUGAAAGAAUGGAUGGCAUUGUUGAUGUGAAGUGUGUUUUAUUUUUUGAUUGUCCAGAAGAGGAAUGUAUAAGAAGGAUAGUUGAACGUGGUAAAACAAGUGGUAGAACUGAUGACAAUAUUGACAGUUUAAGAAAAAGAUUUAAAACAUAUAAGGAACAAACAAUGCCAAUUAUAAAGUAUUAUGAGAAACUUAAUCUUGUCAAGACAAUUCCUGCUGCAAGAACUCCAGAUGAGAUCUUUGAAGAUGUAAAGGAAGCAAUAAAUGCAAUACUUGAAUGAUAUAAUGAACAAUUAGAUGUCAGUUUUUUAAUUUAUAUUUUUGUCUGUAUACUAGCCGUUAAUUAAUUAACUAGAAAACUAAAAUAAAUCUGCAAAAUGAUUUCCUAGUCAGCACCCCUAUUAAUCCCCCCUACAGUAGUUUUACCUGUUUGUAUCAAUUAUACCACCCAGUAUAUGAUGCCUAGUACAAAUAUUAUUAUGUGCAUUUUAAACUAUAUAAAAGAGGUCAAUGUAGUCAUACCUGGAAUGAAGCCAAAGAUUAGCAUUCUUUUUCAAUGGGAAAUUGGUCUAUAUAUUGCCUUCUUCUUAUAUCAAAUUUGUUUCUUUUGAUUAAUCUCUAUUCAAAACUCACAAUUAUCUUGAUUAGCUUGAUUAAAAGCUUGAUUAAAGCUUGAUAAAGCUUGAUUAAAGCCAUGAUUAUGCUUUCCUUUGAGUUCCAGGCUUCGGCAUUUUUCUAC